AUGUUUCAAAAGGGUACGGGCUACCGUCAUCAGAGGUGACUUCGGAAUGCCAUCAGCGAGGAGGCAGCCCGCUUUGACGACAUCAUUCUGACCGACUUCACGGACACCUACUACAACCUGAGCCUCAAGACGCUGCUUAAUCUGCGAUUUGCUCACGUGGCCUGCCAAGGCGCUAGUCCUAUCUUCGCCUUCAUGGAUGACGACCAUGGCCUUAAUUUGGCCGCUCUCCUCGACUACUUCCACACUUUCGACAGAGAGGCAAAACAUCGGGGGCGCCUGCGACAAACCAUCUUCGGCCACAUACAGCAGCGGUCGGUUGUGCACCGCGACAAGCGGAACAAGUGGGCUGUAACGCGAAGCGAUAUGCCCUUUGACAUCUAUCCAGCCUUUGCCUCUGGUCCGUGCUACUUUAUUGGGGCUGAGGCCGAGGACAUCAAGAAUCGCAAUUUCCGUUUCUACCUCAUUCUCUGCAGACAAUUUGAGCGAUGGAUGCGUGCUGUUAAACUUCCCAACCAGGAGGCCUGUGUCAGUAUUAUGGUCCGUCAGACCAAGAAUGUCAUCCACGUAUGGACCGUCAAGUGCGAAGUCAUUGGUGGAAUCGCCUAG